ACUAGCAACAGCAGUGCUCAAUUUGCCAUGCUGCUCUUUGUGGUCCUUGUAUGUCCCACACUUUGCUGGGCAGUACGGGAGGUUGAGAAUUUGGAUCAUGGCUGGCGCUUCCAGAAAGAGGAACAGAGGUUGCAGCAAUGCGACAGCAAGACCUUUCCGGAUUACUUGCCAGGCCGCUGCAUGGGCCUUGCUCCACAGGGCCGUCCUGAAGAUGGUGGCCCAGGCAGUGCACUUGCAUGCCGCGAAGCAUGCUGUGCAGAUGCUUCUUGCAAUGCCUGGCAAUGGUGUGGUCCAAACUCCGCAUGUGAGUCUCCAAACACGUGUUUCAAAGGACUGAUUGAUGUGGAGCGCAACUGCAGCAGACAUGGUCACUGGCAAGGCGAAGGUGACUCAUCUCGCAGACCAGAACCAGAGCCAACACCAGGGUAUCCCUGCGAUGUCCCGCAAUGUCGCUCCAAUUUCGAUGAUUCUUCCUGGCCGUUGGUAAACGUUCCCCAUGAUUUUGUGGUUUCGGGAGAUUUCGACAAGCGAGCUGACAAGUCUCAUGGCUACCUGCCAUACGGUGUGGCUUGGUAUCGCCGAAGGCUUUGCUUGCAAGAUGCUGUAGCCAUCAGCGAUGGCAGCAAACACAGCUGGUUGGAGUUUGAGGGGGUCAUGGUGAAGAGCAAGGUCUGGCUGAAUGGAGCAUUCCUCGGAUCCCAUUUUUCCGGAUACACGCCAUACUUGCUUGACAUCUCCCCAGCGCCCUUGAAGAGUGGUUGCAACAACCUUUUGGCUGUUUAUGUGGACGCCACAGCGCCAGAUGGUUGGUGGUAUGAUGGUGGCGGCAUCUACCGCCACGUUUGGCUUACGACCGUGCCUCCAGCCCACAUCGUCCCAUGGGGCCUCUACGCGCCAGCCAAAGUCGUUGGCCAUGGAGAGAAUUCAGCAGACGCUGAAGUUUCUCCCCGUGUGGAACUGGUGAAUUUCUUUACCACCCCGAAGUUGGUGAGAAUCUUCUGCGUGGUAAAGGAGGCUGGCCGCUUUGUAAUGGACCAGGAGUUGAGCACGUGGCUGGCUGCAGGGGAAACUGUCGACGUGCCUCUGAAAACUAUGCACAUUGAAGGUGCAAACUUGUGGUCUCCACGGUCCCCAGCCCUGUAUGAGAUGACAGUUCAAGUGUGGACUACCGACCCUCAGCAGGGUGGUGCAGCGCCUGACGAUGAGGUCACAACCACCUUCGGAAUAAGAAAUGUUUCCUGGAGCCCUGAUUCCGGCUUUUUCAUCAAUGGAGUUCCUACCAAGAUCCUUGGCACUGCUAAUCAUCAAGACUACGCGGUCUUGGGUGUAGCAGUUCCAGACCAUUUGCAGGUGCACCGCCUGAGAAAGUUGCAGCAGUUCGGUGCCAAUGCCUGGCGAACAGCUCACAAUCCACCCAAUGAAGCGUUGCUGGCGGCGGCGGAUCGACUUGGCAUCCUGGUUUGGGAUGAGAACCAUCGGAAUGGCCAGGAUAGUGAGAUGGAGGUGAUGAUCAAGCGCGACAGGAAUCACCCCAGCAUUGUGAUUUGGUCCAUUUGCAACGAGCGACUCUGUGACACUAUCGAUGCACGGGGGGAUGCAAAGAGAUUAAAGAAUAUUGCGCAUCGGUUGGACCCACACAUGGGCCGUGUGGUAUCAGCAAAUCACAAUCCUUUCAACGGCCGUGCUACGCCCGUGGAUUUGAUGGGUUUUGACUAUGGUCCAGAGAUGUAUGACAAGUGGCAUGCUGAAGCGCCUACUGUUCCCGCCAUCAGCAGUGAGACAUCUUCUGCCUAUUCUGAUAGAGGCCUCGUGUUCAACAAUCGUCUAGAGGGUCACGUCCGAGACUAUGACACUGAGCAUCCAUCGUGGGGGCAGACAGCUGAGGUUGCUUGGCAAGCGAUCCUCAGCAGACCCUUCGUUGCAGGCGGCUUCACGUGGACGGGCUGGGAUUACCGUGGCGAGCCAACACCAUACAGCUGGCCAGAUGUUAACUCCCACUUUGGCAUUUUGGACACCGCUGGCUUUUGGAAACACCGAGCUCAUUGGUACUUGGCUUGCUGGACACCUGCCAGUGACGCACAUGUGCUGCACCUACUUCCCCACUGGAAUUGGGAUUCCAACACAACGUCCAGGUGUGUUGGCUCUUGCAUUGGACACCUUGUGGAUGUUUGGGCAUACUCCAACCUGGAAGAGGUUGAGCUGAUUCACCCGAAUGGCACUUCUCUGGGCCGUCAAAAGGCAACUCAGUGUUCCCAUGUGGAAUGGCCUUCUGUUGCCUAUAUGCCAGGAGAGUUAUCUGCUCGCGGAUAUGUAGAUGGCAAAGUGGUCAAGACAAGCGUUGUCAGAACCACUGGCUCACCAGUGGCGCUGCGAAUAGGAAUCAUUGAUGGGGUGGGAGCUGAGGGUAUUGUUGCGAAUGGCCAAGAUGUUGGCCUGGUCUUUGUGGAGGUGGUUGAUGACAAAGGGGAUGUGGUGCCAACAGCCUCCAACCUCAUCACUGUUUCAACGCAAUCAGGUGCAGUGGUUCUGGGCACAGCCAACGGUGACCCAUCCAGCUUGGAGCCCAACGACUCUCCUCAACGUCAGGCCUUUGGAGGUCGCCUCAUGGCAGUGGUACGGCCAUUGCCCGGCGCUAGCCACGCAACAGUCGUGGCAGAGGCCAAGCAUUUGGCAUCCGCAACGCUGCAGCUGAAGGUGCUGAGCAAUCUUGGAAAUCUCAGCGGAGUUGCUUUGUUCGUUUAGGUCCUGCAUAUCUUUGCCCCGCCAAUUUGAAGAAAA